GUCAUUUUGGCUUUACAGUUGUCACAUCUUCCCCGCCAAGUUUAAAUCAUAAUUUUGCACAAUGUCGAGUACUAAAUUACCGAUGAUAUUUCAGACUGCAGAUUUGUCCGUUGAAACUCGGGUAGCAGCUUAUAAAAAUGAUAUUUUGGGCUUGUGUAAACCGCGCGAAGUUCCCGAUAGAAUAGCGAAAUACAUUGGUCGAAAUGUCGAGGCGAGUGGCUGGCACGCAGUAUGGAGAAGUACUCCUAAAUCCAGCGGACAACUACAUCCUUUUGACGUUGUAGUGGAGGUAAGCAGUUUUUAUGUUUUCCUUAUCAAAAUGGCUAAAAGUAAACUAGAUCGUGUUCAAUUUAACACAGCGCUUGCUUUUUUUUCUACACGCUGUCUUCGUCGACUGUAGUUGUAAUGAAGAAUGUUGUCGAAUUACCGGUACCUUAUUUAUUUCCUUGUUUAGAAUUUGUUUAACGGUACACGGCAUACCUAGUCAUACCUAGUCAUACUUUUCAAACUGAAAAAAAACUACAAAAUGUGGUUAGAACAUCAGUGAGCCACUCUUUUGUUCUUACCACAUUUUGAUGUCAUCUGUGAUCUAUUACUGAACAGACGUACGACAACUUGGAAUCUAUUUGUUAAAUAGUCUAUAUGUGAUUGACAGGUGUCAAAUGUCAAUGCCAGUGACAUUAUGGCAGAAGUCAGUAUAUGUGAACCAGUGGUCACAGACUGCCUCAAUGAUUUAGACACUGAAAAAGUCAAUGCAUACCUUUGCUGUCACGGCAAUCGUGUUCCUCUAACUGAGCUGUGCCCAGUGUAUGAUGAAACUGGACAACAUGAUGAAACCACAUUGGCCAUUGAGCAUGUCAGGUACAUGUUUGUUAUGUGUGUGUGUGUGGUGUGUGUGAUCUGUUGCUCUUUCAUAGAUCUCCUUAUUGGUCUGAGAGAUUUUUCAAAUCUAACUUAACAUUAUUAUAUGUAAUUAAAUGUAAAUGCAAUGAUUAAUUUUGAAGCUAUUGUUCUGUUUUACAGAACUGCUCUUGACCAAUACUCUUAUUGUUUUUUAUCAAGUUUCUUAGUAAGAAUUUCAGAAACUUAAAUUAGGUUUCACAGCUGAGACAUUACUAAUAGUCUCUGGUUAUUGUCAAGGUUUUUCUAUGAGAACAUUUGGAGAGAGUGGGAUGAGGACGAUGAUGGAGAGUAUUGUUAUGCCGGCCGACAUUUAGACACAAGAAUUCAACUCUACUAUGAUAUACAAGAAGGAAACCUUCCUAGAGAUCUGGUCAACAACUAUAGAGGUGGGCAAUCAGAGAAAAGGAAAACUUUGUGAUCUACAACAUUUUCCUUCAGAGAACUGUUAUAAAGCAUGGGUAUUUAGUUUGAUUUUCUAAUUGUAUCCUCGUGGUGGUCUGACAACAGUACUGAAAGUUAAUUCAGAACCAAUUGGUUUAUGCAUGGAUAAUAUUAGUAAUAUGGGUGUCUGGCAAUUAAUUUCUUUACUUCUCAAUAAAAAAAAAGUACAAAAAGCUUUUAAAAUUAAGCUAUUUAAUUCAUCAAACAACAAAGAUAUCAUGGUUGAUGAGUGUAGCUGUACAUGAAGGUCUUGAUUGAUCUUUUUCCCUGGACAGAUAGUUAUAACCAGUAUAGGGAGAAGUUAGCAGAGCUGAAACAGCUUCAGGAAAAAAUUGCAGUCAGUGAUCUUGAUGAAGAGCUUGAUGAAAUGGAUGUGCUCAAAUGUGCACAGAUGUCAGAAGUGUGCGAGUCACUGGUUCAUUCACUGCAGAUCAUAGAGAACCCACAAAUGAGGUACCUCUUAGCUUCUGUGUCACCUAAACUGGUGCAGCAGGCUCCCAGGGGUAACAGACCCAGAGGAGAUGAGCCUGUUACUUAUAUAGUGGCACCAAAGUUACAGGCUGGCAUGGUCAAGUUCUAUGAAGGUAAUCAAAUCUGUAAAGAAAACGUGGUAUUGAAACUUCUUUUGGUCAUUCUUAAUUUGUAUGCAAAGGCAGAUUUCAUGUGAUUUGUGAGUUAACAGCGAUGAAGGGGGUAAGUUUCUAAUGAAAAGAAGCUGUGGUGCUGCAUGGGUAGGGGAGUAUGACAAGAUAAUUUACUUUUAUCAACUUGAUAUUGUAAAAUGGCCACAGUAAAGAGUUUAAAAGCUGAUGUUUCAAGCAUUAGCCCUAUGUCAGAGCAAAACAGUGAUGGACUGGAAAAGCUAGGAAUAUUGUUGAAAGCAAGUUUCUUACAAUCACACUGUAGUUAGUAAGAAUACUUUGUGAUGUGAUUUUAUUAAAAACUGAUAUUGUUUACAUUACAAUUAUACUUGGAUUAUCUUGAUGACAAUACUCACAUAAAAUAUUGUACAAAGAGACACCUGUUAAAUGUGAUGUUAGAUGUGCUUGUGACACGUUUCCUUUGGAAACUGUCUAACAGAUAACACAGUGGUGGAGCAUUACCCUUGCUUGGGAAAGGCACUAAAGAGCUAUUAUCAUGGGGAUACAAUUGUUGUCUAUCCUGGAAAAUACAAACUCGAGGGAAGAGCAUAUCAACUUGCAGAUUCUGUUCAUAUCACAGGAAUAGGAAAUCCCUCCGAAAUUGUUGGUAAAUAGCUACUGGUAAUCUAAUAGGGAAAAAAAAUUCACACAUAGGUGUGGAAAGGAUGUUAGAUGAUAUUAAGGGUUUUCUUUUUGUGUUCUUAGUUGUGGAAGUGGAGUUGUGUAAGUAGUACUAUUGGCGCUAUGGUUAUGGGCUCCUGUGAAUGUAGUUACCUAAAAGCUCAGUCAGUACUUCAUACAAACUGUGAAAAAGAUUAUAUGAACUUGUUAUCAAAAUGUCAAGCUACUAUUGAUAUCUCUAAGUCAGGCAUGAACAGUGUUUUCAUUAAAAUAAGCUGGCCUAGUAAUAGACCUUAAAUCAAAAGCACUUGGACUUGAACCUUCACUAGGUUAAAGUGGUGCAUUUGUAUAAAAGGCACCUCACCUCACACAGCCUCUCUCCUGCCAAGAGUAUAAAGAGAUACCAAAUAACUGUCUGUGAGAAGUUGUGGGUCUGGAAUAAAUUGGGCCAGUGGAGCUUAGGAAGCUUAAUUAAUGCUAUUAUACAGUUUAUGCAAUCAGUGGUCCUCGGGCUUUCUACAUGAGAGGGUUAAUUUAUUAAACAGGUGUGCUUCCACUGUUGUCUUUUGGCCCUCUUGACUCUGGUCACAAAAAUAAAUUUCAGAUAAAAGGUUCAGCUAUAUUGAGGAUUGUUUAAUAGGACAUGGUUUUGUUAAAAAAUGGCUAAACUUUGUUUAAAUAACCAGACUUUAAUGUUUGCAUCUGUCAGUAUACAAUAAUAUAAAAUGUAAAUUCUAACCAGUCAUUUUGAAUGAAAGUCUUCUGCAGUGAUAACGAAGAAUACACGAUGGAAUGCUGUGCAACUAACAUUAGCAUCAAGAAUAUCACCUUUGAACAAGAAGGAAAUGAAAAUGAGGGAUUAGUGCUCGUGAAGAGUGGCAGGGUUACAUUUGAUGAUUGUCAUAUGAGAUGUGAGACAAAUGGUGUCACUGUGGAAAAUGGAGAGCUGGUCAUGAGGCAAUGCAAAGUUCAUGGUGCCAAGGUUAGCCUGAUGGUAAUUUCCUAGUCUUCAAUCAUAGAAAAGGUGUAGCUCUGAGCCAAUGUUCCCUUGUAUGUUUUUCCAUUUUACUUUUUAAUGAUAAUUUAUCUCCAUUUGUGUGCUAUUGUUGGAUGAUCAGUUUUAAACAAUGGAAGUAGAGUUUUUGAAGGAAAAAAAUUUAACACUCUGCCCACACUGUUAAACUUGAGCUGCUACUUAGCAGACAACAUAGAGUACCAUAUUGGGCUGUCAAAGUUUGGUCAAGCUUGUAUGUGAAUGAUACACUUAAGUUUUUAUCUUACAUGUGUAGUUUAAGAAAGGAAUAACAUCACAUGUUUGUCCUAGUUCUAACACAAAACUUAAACAGGAUGAUGGAGUUAGUGAUCUUGUGUGUUGUUGAGUAAGUUUCAUCUGAUAUGUUACAGUCACACCAGUUCACCAUUGGCUCAAUUUCUGUCGCUCUAUAGAAUUCAGUUGUAAUUCCAGCAUGAGUUCUUUUACUGAACAGUGCCUCUAUAGUAACUGGGCCUAAGUCAACCACUUCUUGGGAAUCUGUGACUAAUAUUACUUAUCUGAAGUUUCUUACACAAAAUUUGAAAAAGACUGAUGUAUUAUUCAGCAGUUUACUCACCAUGUAGUUACUGAAUUAAUUAUUAAAAUUUACCAACAUGGUCAAAGUAUAUGUGAAUUGGAUAUCCUUGCCCUUGUGAAUGUUUAUUUAGUGAAAAUGGGAGACUUUUUUCAAACCUGACGGAUUCCCCCAAAGCUAUACCAAGUGCUAUAUACUUGGGCCAUACUUGAUGCAGUUUAUUUUUGAGAUAUGAUAGCAAUUACAAUAUCUAUCAACUAAAUUUAAUUCAUUAUCUCCUUACUUUUUCUUAAGUCUGCAGCAAUUAUUGUUUCCUCUGGUGCAAAACUUGAUUUACAAGAUAGCAAACUGUUUGAUAAUGGAGAAUUUGGUCAGAAUUUGGAUGUGUCUACUGAACUUGCCACUGGAGCCAUUGUCUUGGAGGUCUGUACUAUAAUUCCUUGAAGUUAAAUUUCACUGCUAAAAGUGGAAAUUGCAACAAGAGUAUGCAAAGCUCACAUGAAUUGCACACAAGAAUUGACCCCUUCAGUUCUUCAUGUUCCCAGCAAAUAGUGAUUUAAAGAAACUAUUUAAUUAUUUUCAUGCUUUAUUAUACACUGUUUAAGUGUAGACAAAAUGAAAUAAAACUGUUCACCUCAGUGUCAGUGAUUAGUGGUGGGUAUUAAGUUUGCCACUUUACAGCUCAAUAAUUACUGACCAUUAACCACCUCCACCUCAGUGAAUAAUUUUUAAUUAAAGGGAGCGGUAGAAGGCUGACAAACAACUUCUAUUAAAACCUUUGUUUUAUUGUAGUCUGAGGCAAGACACAUUUAUCUGUCUUCCUUGAAGUAUUUGAAUGAGUACUGGCAAAUUAUUGACAGGAGAUCUUGACAAAAUGCUGGGGUGAAUACCAGAGAUGGAUAAACACUUAUUCAUAUGAACUAAUACUCCUGUCAGCUUCAUUCUUUAUUAUCCAGGAUAAGAUCUAAGGAUUAUACUUGUCAGUCUUCCAUGCAGAAUUGUCUGUAUGACGAUAUCAGGAAAUUCAUGUUUAAUCAGGAACAGAAUAUUCACUUACUGGAUCAACACUGAUGUACCUCAUAUGUGUACUAAUUUUCAGGCCAGGUCAGAUUCCAAGAAGACCACUGCAAUUUUGUCUGAUAAUUACAUCUCUAACAAUCAUUGCCAUGGUAUUUGUGUCAAGAAGGAUCAGGAAAUUUUUGCGGCAUGCUGUGACCCUGAGCAUGGCAUCAAAUUGGAAAUGACAAACAAUGUGUUUGAGGAAAACAUACAUGGUGACAUUGGUCACUUCCUGGUUAACAAAGACUAAUCUUGUGGUUGAAUGGUCAACCUUGAAGGACCUGUGUCACUAUUUUCUUGUACGGACUAAAAUGCAAGGUCUUUUGAUAGCUUAGGGAAAAACUUAGAUGGAACACAAGGUUUGCUUGGUGGCUUUAAAUGAAAUUCACAGAGAAAGUCAAUUGUAUACAACUGGAUUGUUAGUAAAUAGGUAAGAAUGAUGAUAAAUUGCACAAAAUUAAUGCAAGGGUAGAAUAAGUAUGUAAUUUUUCUCAAGCAGAGUCAACACCAGAUGUUUUAUAUUAUAUAAAUGCCUCAAAGAAAAAUGGAUUUCCAUUCACCCUUUAAACACUGUGAUGUAGUCUCAUAGUUUGCAUGUGAAAAAAGAAAGAAUAUAUGAAAUGCAAUAAAAUGUAUGAAUCAAGA